CAACAGCAGCAGCAGGCGAAGCAUCAAAGGAAGCAGCAGGCGGGGCAGCAAAGAAGCAGGGCGAUCUGAUGAAGCUGGCUCUGAGGGACUUGUGCCUUGUGCUCAUGAGUGCGCAGUAGCAGAGAAUGAACGCACAGCAGCUGAGCAGCCUACUAGAGCCUUACUACUGGCAGUGGGCACAGGGCUGGCGGCAGCAGGGGCAGCAGCGGCAGUGGGGCAAGCCCUGCAGCACCUCGCUCGUCUCCUCCCCACCCCGCCACCCUGCCUCUCUCCACCCACCUGCUCUUCCACCUGCUCUCACACGCCUGCCUCUGCGCCAUGCCACGCUCCUCCCUGCUUUUCCUCUUCCAAGCUGCAGCGCACCGCCUCACAAGGGAUGUUGGGGUGGAGAAGCAUCUGCUGCCGCUCCCCAUCCCCUAUGUCCACUGACAGCAUGUGGAGGGAUGAGAUCAGCAGCCUCAGGGCGCAGAUGCAGCAGGCCCAGGAGGAGGCAAAAGCAGAGAGAAGCAAGCGGCGGGCAGCAGAGCAGCAGGUGGAGGUGGAGAGGGCAGCAGGGCGGCAGGCGCAGGAGGCGAUGCUGAGCAAGGUGGGCGAGCUGGUGGACGAGGUGCAAGUCUCUGUGCACGGUAGAAUGACAUGGGGAUAG